AUGAAGUCCCGGAGCUCUGCGAGGGGCGAGCCGAGGAGGUUCGGGAAUGUGGCUCUCCUGGCCCUCAUGCUCUGCUCCCUCGUCGCGCUCUCGCUCAUCAGGGCCAGGUUCUCCCCAAUCGGGAAUACAGCCGUUGCAGAGACCAUCAAAGUGGAGGAUCCGAAGCCCGUGGUGGUGAGCAAGCCGGCUGUCGCGGCGGAGGCCGGCGAUGGCACCGACGAGGCCACCGCAGUAGCUGUGGAGGAAGACAAGGAUGAGGAAGCUCAGCCCAAGGAUGAGGAAGUUCAGCCCAAGACCGAGCACGCCGUGGACGCCACUGUGCGGCCCGCCAAAGCCGCAGUGGCCGUUGACGCCAGCAAGCCGGUGUGCUACGAGACGAGCCGGCGCUCCGACACCUGCGAGGCGGCCGGCGACGUCCGCCUGGUGGGGAGAACCCAGACCAUCUACGUCGACACGCUGGAGCGUGAGUGGAAGACCAGACCCUACUGCCGGAAGCACGACACCUACGCGCUGUCCCACGUCAAGGAGUGGUCCCUGAAGCCGUUCCCCUCCGGCGACGGCGCGGCGCCCAAGUGCACGUCCAACAGCUCGGCCACCGCCUUCGUGAUCUCGACGGGCGGGUUCACCGGCAACCCCUUCCACGACUACACGGACGUGCUCAUCCCAGCCUUCAUCACGGCCCACCGCUUCGCCGGCGAGGUCCAGUUCCUGGUGAGCAGCUACAAGUCGUGGUGGAUGAGCAGGUACAUCCAGAUCUUCCAGCAGAUGAGCCGGUACGAGGUGGUCGACAUCGACGCGGACGACGAGGUCCGGUGCUACCCGAGCGCCGUGGUCGGGCCGACGUUCCACAAGGAGCUGGGCGUGGAUCCCUCCAAGGCGCCGUCGGGCGUCUCGGUGGCGGACUUCCGCAAGAUGCUGCGCAGCGCGUUCGGGCUGGAGCGCGCCACGGCGACGCCGAGCGGCGACCGGUGGGACAUCCGCCGGCGGCCCCGGCUACUGAUCAUCUCCCGGCGCACCUCACGCGGGCGGGCCUUCAUGAACGAGCGCGCCAUGGCUGACAUGGCUGGGAGCCUCGGGUUCGACGUCCGGAUCGGGGACCCGGACACGACCUCCGACACGUCCAAGUUCGCGCGGCUGGUGAACUCGUGCGACGUGAUGGUGGGCGUGCACGGCGCCGGGCUGACGAACAUGGUGUUCCUGCCGGCCGGCGCCGUGCUGGUGCAGGUGGUGCCGUACGGGCGGCUGGAGUGGCUGGCCCGCAACACGUUCGCGGAGCCGUCGGCGGGGAUGGAGGUGCAUUACCUGGAGUACGUGGUGCAGCUGGACGAGACGACGCUGAGCGAGCAGUACCCCAGCGGCCACCUGGUGCUCAAGGAUCCCAUGGCCAUCCACAAGCAGGGGUGGGACGCGCUCAAGACCACCUACCUCGACAAGCAGAACGUCCGGCCGCACCUCGGCCGCCUCAAGAAGACUUUCCUCCAGGCGCUCAAGAUGCUGCCGCACGGCAGGGACGAUUAG